UCGCAAAACAACAAAAAUCGGAAAAGUGAAAAAACUGUGUGGAAAUGCGGAAAAUCUGAGACAAAAUCAGGCAAAUUUGAGAAAUUACCGCGAGACAAGAGGCUGGGAUUAUGUAGAGACGCGCGAUGCGAUGGACUUCAGUGAAAUAAUCGAGAAAAAGCAGAAAUUCGAAAAAAUCGAUUCCUCACAAAAAGUGUGUGCAGCAGAGAAAUAUUAAUAUAGGAAGUAGUCAUCAUCAUCAUUAAACACACGUACGUCGUCGCACAGUUGCGAGCGUCUAAAAAGCAGCUAAUGAGUCCCAAAAAUGGGAAUUCAUAAAAAAGCAAAACGUCAGUAGUGUUGUAGCAGUUUUUUGUGUGUAAAAAUCACCUGACAAUCACAGAAGAGGAUGUCCGGUGGCGCAAAAUCCGAUCGCAAAUCCAAAUCGAGCAGCAAAACGCAGGGAUGGGAAGAGGCAGGCGCCGAAUUCUACCAAGAAAGCUAUCCGGGCGACUUGGAGGGCUUACAACGGAGUGACCCGUCGAAAUUGGCGACGUUACUGCCAUCGAAACAGAAUCGAAAUGCAACCACUCGUCGUCAACGUUCGGGGAGUCAGUAUACGUACACGAAAGGUACGCGACGCCGCCCGAGUUAUCAAUCGCAAACGGGGCAGGGACCCCUCACGACGACAAUUCGCACGACUGCGGCAACCGUAACGCGUCGCGGAUCGCAAUACCAAGAAGUGCAAGUCGCCAUGUUGCCCGAUUUGUCGGAAAAUUUGACGGAUGAGGAACGUACGUGGGACGAAAUACGCGAAAUUAAGGCGAUGCCCGUGCCAAUGGCGCAAAAGAAGGAGAUGAAGGCACAGUUACAGAAUGCGACAAAGUUACGACUUCAAGGUUUUGAUCAAAUCAAGUGGCAACGGCGUAAAUUUUGGCAGCGUUUCAAGAAAAAAUACUCCGCAUGGAUGACAAAAAUGGAGUUGUGGCACAAUUCACUGAAGAAAAUCGAGGGACAUUUUGGCACGGGCGUCGUUGCCUUUUUCUUUCUCAUCCGCUGGCUGGCGUUCCUCAACUUGUCCGUGUACGUACUAAUUUUCCUGUUUAUCGUGUUGCCGCAAGUGAUGCUGCACGAACAAGAGGACAUUCCAUGUGCUCAACUCGAGCCAAAUUCGACGCAGUGUUGCACGGAAGCGUAUUUGAACGGCACGCGAAACAGCACAUUUUCAGAAUUUUUUGUUCUUGAGAUCAUCCAAGGCAGAGGCAUCAUGGAACGGACUUGGCUCUUCUACGGCAUGUACACGAAUCAAAUUUUCGGGUAUGUCAGCGAGAAUUUCACGUCAAGUAACGCCAAUGGGACCUACGAUCCCGGGAUGUAUUACGAUUUGCCACUUGCCUACAUCAGUACGACCGUUUUCUACUACUUGCUGAUUCUCGUGGCGAUUGUGCGGAGUGCCGCGAAAGAGUUCAAAGAUCGUCUCGUCGAAAACGAAGGACAAUUUUAUCAGUAUUGCACACUAAUCUUCGGCGGAUGGGAUUUUUGCAUCGACAACGAAAAGUCAGCGGUGAUAAAGCACAAGGCGUUGUAUAACGAAAUCCGCGCAUUGAUCCAUCAGAAGCGCUUGGAGUUUGAACGCACGAAUCGCACAAAGGAGUUGAUGCUGAAACUCAUCGCAGUGCGUUUCGUUGUAAAUUUAAUCGUAGUCAUAAUAUUAGCGGUAGCUGCAGUUAUUAUUUAUCUACUUUUCAAUGUGUCGCUCCAGCAUCUCGAACCGAAUUUCCGUAAUGAACAUGCCAAUUCGUUCCGAGAUAUCAAAAAUUAUGUGUCGAUUUACUUGUCGAGCAACACAAACAGCACGGGAAGCAGUUUAUUGGCGGGACCCAUUGAGACAGAUGCCCUUCCCGAUAGUUUAGGCGGAAGCACGGGAGGCGCAAUAAGCAGUUUUGGCACGUCAAACGUCGUUUCGGAUGAAAUUCAAGCAGAACCUUAUCGUACAGGAUCAAUUUUGUCAAGUGAAGUCCCAUGGGAAGACCAGAUGACGAUACUUUUCUUCGAAUUUUUGCCCUAUUUGGGUAUUGUCUGUUUGAAUUUGUUAGUUCCGUUGCUGUUCAACUAUUUGGUCAAGUUUGAGGAUUAUUCGCCAAUGUUCGUGAUCAAAGUAACUCUAUUGAGAACAGUAUUUUUACGGUUGUCAUCGUUAGCGGUCCUGCUGAGUCGUUUUUAUCAUCUCAUCAGUAAAAAUGUCGGCACAGAUAAAUGUUUCAACGAGGAAAAGGGAACACCUGCUUGUUGGGAAACUUUUGUCGGACAAUCGUUCUUCAAGCUAAUCUUCACGGAUUUCUUGUCGCACUGCCUCGUGACAUUUUUCAUCAAUUUUCCGCGAGCGCUCAUCAGUCGACACUUUGACAGCAAAUUCGCCAAAUUCAUCGGGGACCAGGAGUUUGAGCUGAGCAAGCAUUGUCUCGAUCUCGUGUACAGUCAAACACUCGUGUGGCUCGGCAGCUUUUUCGCACCAUUCCUUCCGCUCAUCGCAAGUGUCCUGAAUUUCUGCAUGUUUUACGUGAAAAAGUUCGCAUGUUUGCACAACUGCAAACCGUCGCUCGUGCAUUAUCGCGCCUCACGUUCAAAUUCGCUCUUCAUGCUCGUGCUGAUGCUGGGCUUUGUCGUUGCUGUGGUGCCCGUGGCGUAUUCCAUCACGGAAAUUCUGCCAAGUCGAUCGUGUGGCCCCUUUCGCGGCAAUCAAGUUGUGUGGGACGUCGUUACCUCUGCAUUCCUCAAAGCGCCCGACUUCAUACAGAACAUUGUGUUCUUCGUUGGCACGCGAUCCUUUGCUGUGCCCUUCUUCAUUACACUGAUACUUUUUUUAUACUAUUACUCGGGUGUCUCCGCUGCAAAUCGCAAAUAUGCUGAGCUCUUGCGCAACCAGCUCGUGCUCGAGGGUCAUGACAAGAGCUUCUUGUUGAGCCGUCUAACGGCAGUUAUUGCGCGCCAACAACAAUUGCAACAAGAAGCACAUAAUCGAGCUCAGAAACGGGGACACCACAAUGACGUGCAAAGAGACAGUAGUCGCGAAAAACACCAAUUAACGUCAACGAUCGACGUUUAACGCGUUUUUUUCUCGCUCACAUCACCCGAUUUCAGCAUUUCAUCGAAAAAAAUGGCAUGAUAUUUUUUGUGUUAGGACUACAGUGGUCCAAAAAACCUAAAUUUAAAAUUCUGGAAUGAGCUAUCGAGAUAUUAGAAAUUUUUUUUAGGGCGAUUGGGUAUAUUCAAAUUCAUUUUUGGACAUACCCGAUCUCACUAAAAAUAAAUAGAAACAUGAAAGCUCAUUCUAGAAUUUAAAAUUUAGGUUUUUGGACUACUUUAGGCCUCAUGCCAUUUUUUUUUCGAUGAAAUGCUAAUAUCGGGUGAUGUGUCGCUACAACAGGUUUUUUCCUCAACUCUUUUUUCACCAUGACUCUGACUCUGUGUGUGUUGAUGCGUUGAAAACCUAAAGUCUCCUUUGCAUUUCUUUUAUCGAAAUUUCUCUAAAAAAAAUGAUUUGCAAUCGAAGUAAUAGUAUUCAAAAUCUAGAGGUUUCAUUAAUUUCACAAAAAAAAUGAAGAAAACCAAACAAUCAUGAACAAAAAAAAAAUCAUCUGAAAAUUUUACGUCUGAUAUUACAAAAAAGGUUGUAGAAUCCUGAUAUUAUUUUAAGUUAAUUUAAAUUUUAAAGCUCAUCCUCUCUCUCUCACUCUCCUUCUCUCUAGUCCUGUCUAUCACCUAGUUAAUGUUCUUCCGUUCAUUCAUAGCCUAACGUAAAACUUUUAAAGUUAGAAAAAAAAAUUAGAAGAAGACAUAAUUGGUGAUAAUAUUCGUGAUAAAAAGUUACAAGUUUAGAGGAGAGACGUUAAAAAAAAUAAUCAGAAAAAUAGUCCGUAAUUUAUACGAAAGAAUUUAUUAUAUUAUGAAAGUUAAUGGAGACGUCUGGUUAGUUAUUUAAAUUUUUUUUGUGAUUUUUUUAAAUUUAUUGUAUAUUUAAUAAAAUUACAAU